CCUGGGGAAGGUAUACCACGUGGAUAGGCAGGAAGGUGUGCACAGAAAGCUGCAGACUAUUCAAUCGCUUCAGUGUUGUGUGGCCUGAUCGAUGGGCGCAGCAGCACAGUCAAAAUGUCUGACAAACCCGAUCUGGCAGAAAUCGAAGGCUUUGACAAGGCCAAACUGAAAAAGACAGAGACGAAAGAAAAGAACCCCCUCCCUACGAAGGAAACGAUUGAGCAGGAAAAGAAAGGAGAAAGUGUAUCCUGAUGAAGAAGCACGAGAGACAUUUAGGCUUUUUUCCAUUUGGAAGAUGGCUGUUUGUUUUGACCGUUAAUUGAUUUCUUUACUUUUGAGAAAGAAAUGCUUCUUCCUCCAGGAGAGGCAGCACUCCAAACUGAACGGAUAGACUAAUACGACGAGACUGUCCUGCGAUAUUCUGGAUUGUUUGUUUCAAAGGAAUGUAACGCACCUUGGUUUUCCUAUAAUUUCCGGUAAUGUAUUAAAAAAAAAAUAAACGAAUUUUAAACAAAA